AUGAUUGGAACAUCCACAACUGCUAUGUCAUCAAAAACAUUUCCCAUCAGGUUGACAAUCCAUGGGCAUCAUCCAGAUGAUAAAACAACAGAAGGUGAUAGGAGGGGAAAACUUAUCCAUCUGCCUGACUCACUAGAAGACCUUCUGAGAUUAGCAGAAAAGAAGUUCGGGAAAAAAGGAAGUACAAUUGUCAUGGCUGAUGGCUCUCAUGUGGAAGAUCUAAGUGCUUUAAGAGAAAAUGAUGACUUAUAUGUCUUUUGA